ACGGCCCAACUCCCAUCGCAUUGCCUCACUGGUUAAACAGUCUUACCAACAUAUGCGAUUACUGGGAAUGAAAUGACUGGAAUCGAUGAUUACAAGGCUGUAUCAAUAUCAUAGACAAUUUCUUUUAUUAUCAUAAUGUUAAAUUAAAAUGGCUUUAUGUCUUUACUAUUUAUUAUAAAAAGAUACUACAUAUCUGUAGUAUAUUUUGUAAACUUGAUAUUGGCUGUACUGAUUUGGCGCGGAAAUCUGAACAAACAGUUACCGCAAGCAAUCUACGCAACUCACCAAGAUACGAAGAUACCGGAAUAUGGAGCGUGCACUCCCUGUAGCUGAUUCUCAGCGUUUAAUGCUGCUUAAUUUGAUAAAGGAACAUGAGAGUGUUAUCAACGACCGAUCGACGGGAAGUAGAACUUUGGAAAGGAAACGUCAGGCAUGGCAAGAAAUUACAUUGAAGUUCAACGCCAUGUAUCCAGACCAACCUCCACGGUCAUCAAAGCAGGUCAAGCGCUGUUUCGACCACGUAAAACGCAAAGUGAAGCAGGAAGAUGCUGCUGUCAAGAAAACGCUAUGCAGAACUGGUGGUGGUCCUCCACCAGAUCUUCGAAACCACUCAGAAGAGUUUGUGAUAGCUGCAUCGCUGAUGACAGAAGAAUUGGUCAUGGAUAAAGACGUUUUAGAAACAUUUCAUCCAGUUGAUGAAACAGGAGAGCCCAUACAUGAUGUUAAAAUAAGUAAGUACUCUGAUGUUUUCAAGAAUGAAAUUGAUAAAAUAGUGAACCUUCAACUUUUUUCUGGCCAUUACAUUCUACCUGUCUGAAAAGUUUGUAGUGGCUUGGGGGAAAGCAAAAUGGUUAUGUUUUUAUUAAUGAUGACUGGGUUUAAGAUAACAUUUCAAUGCUUUAUGACCCUAAAGGUUCCAGCACUUGUAUACUCAGUU